AUGGCUGUCAAGCGUGUACUGGUCAUCGCAGGCUCAGACAGCUCUGGUGGAGCUGGGUUGGAAGCAGACCAAAGAGUACUAGCUGCUCAUGGCUGUUAUGCACUAACGGCCACAACGGGCUUAACCGCCCAGAAUACAUUGGGCGUGCAAGACAUCUUUGUUGUUCCUUCGGAAUUUGUGAGGAAGCAAAUAAACGCAGGUCUUGAAGACGUCGGCGCCGAUGUAGUCAAGCUAGGAAUGCUCUCAUCGGCGGAGACAAUUGAUGUCAUCGCAGAAACAUUACAAGCCCACAGUGUCCCUCCGAUCGUGCUCGAUCCGGUUAUGAUUUCAACGAGUGGUGCUGAACUUCUGCCGAAAGCAGCAAUUGCAAAGCUUAGAACCAGACUGCUCCCGAUGACCACCGUCUUGACUCCGAACAUCCCGGAAGCUCGACUUCUCAUCCAAGAUGCAGGUCUUGAGGUUCCCGAGCCUAGGAACCUCGAUGACUUGAUCGACCUGGCGAAAAGAAUUUGCUCACUUGGUCCAAAAGCGGUUUUGCUAAAGGGUGGUCAUCUGCCUCUUACAAAGGACCAUCAAACCGCACGAAACUCGGAAGAAUCUGCUAUCGUUGUCGAUGUCCUUUAUGAUGGCGAGACAUCAGAAUCGACCCUUUCCCAGACAGGCUAUUUGAUAUCCAAAAACACCCAUGGAACCGGCUGCUCGCUUGCUUCAGCCAUCGCAGCCAAUCUGGCCUUGGGUAAAGACAUGAGACGAGCUGUUCGCAGUGCUGUCCGCUUUGUCGAAGUUGGUAUCAAGACAAGCUCAGACCUUGGUCGGGGCAGUGGACCCAUCAAUCAUUUUCACUCUAUGUAUACCAUGCCAUUUGCGCCCGGUCACUUUUUGGAGUAUAUCUUGGACCUUCCUGAGGUUCACAGGACGUGGGAGAAGUUCACAAAGCAUGAAUUUGUCGAGGGACUGGGCCAAGGGACACUGCCAGUUGAACGAUUCAAGGAGUAUCUUGUGCAAGACUAUCUCUAUUUAGUUCAAUUCGCCCGGAGUAAUGCCCUCGCAUCUUACAAGUCUUCAGAUAUGGACUCAAUAGCGGCAUCUGCUCGCAUCGUGCUUCACAUUCAACGGGAGAUGUCUCUUCACCUUGACUACUGCGCUUCCUUUGGCUUGUCAAAACAGGAGAUGGAGUGUCACCCCGAGACGAUCGCAUGUACCGCGUACAGUCGAUACAUCUUGGACGUGGGUCAAUCUGGAGAUUGGCUCGCGCUCCAGAUGGCUCUAGCUCCAUGUCUUAUUGGCUAUGGUGCUAUUGCCCGACGCCUACACGCGGAUAAGAACACCCUUCGAGAGGGCAACCAGUAUUGGAAGUGGAUUGAGAACUACGUUGCCGAUGACUAUACAGAGGCGGUACGCCUGGGUUCAGCCUCCGAUGUCCAAGCCCUGCUCGAGGACCAUGUUCAAAAGGUAUCUCCCACCCGUUUGGAAGAAUUGAUUCGUAUCUUUAUUCGGGCUACCGAAUUAGAGAUUAGCUUCUGGGAUAUGGGAUUGAGCUCCCAGAAGUCUUGA